AUUUUCGGAAGCCGUGGAGGUACUAAUUUAAGAAAUGCGCGUUUUAUUAAUUUGUUUUCCAAACACGAAGAAAAGCGCACGUAUAAUUUGUGGACCGUUUAAUUCAGAGACCCGAUUUUUAUAUUGAGGAAUGAGAUGAACGUACUUUGACCUUUAACCUUCGGCCGCGUGCGACGGAGGGAAACGCCUCCGUCUCUAUAUAAGGAAUUUCCUGGCGGGCUGCGGCCUUUUUUUUUUUUCCCUCUUCAGUGCUCAGCACCAACUGCUGGAGCUCCGUCUUCAUCUUCUGCCGCCCAGCUCCAGGAUCUGCCGACGUCAUGGGGUUUGGAGACCUGAAAAGCCCUACCGGACUCCAGGUGCUCAACAACUACCUGGCGGACAAGAGCUACAUCGAGGGGUAUGUGCCCUCGCAAGCAGACGUGGCAGUAUUUGAAGCAGUCUCCGGCCCACCACCUGCCGACUUACAUCAUGCCCUACGUUGGUAUAAUCACAUCAAGUCUUACGAAAAGGAAAAGGCCAGCCUGCCUGGAGUGAAGAAAGCUUUGGGCAAGUAUGGUCCCGCUAAUGUGGAAGACACCACAGGAAGUGGAGCUACAGAUAGCAAAGACGAUGACGACAUUGAUCUCUUUGGAUCUGAUGAUGAGGAGGAAAGCGAAGAAGCGAAGAGGCUAAGAGAAGAGCGCCUUGCACAGUAUGAGUCAAAGAAAGCCAAAAAACCUGCACUUGUUGCCAAGUCUUCCAUCUUAUUAGAUGUGAAACCGUGGGACGACGAGACAGAUAUGGCAAAAUUAGAGGAGUGUGUUAGGAGCAUUCAAGCAGAUGGCUUGGUCUGGGGCUCUUCUAAACUCGUUCCAGUGGGGUAUGGAAUUAAGAAACUUCAAAUACAGUGCGUAGUAGAAGACGAUAAAGUUGGAACAGACAUGCUGGAGGAGCGGAUCACUGCUUUUGAGGACUAUGUGCAGUCCAUGGACGUGGCUGCUUUCAACAAGAUCUAAAAUCCAUUGCAGAUCAUGACCUUUAAAUAAAAGCUUGAAAGACAA